UUGGGCCCUAGGUCCAGGCUGGCGCAUCUGCCGGGUUAGCGGCACUUGUACACCUCGGGCUAGGGCUUUGCUCUCCUCUGCUGCUGUUGCUGCUGCUGACGCCCCAGGCUGGGCAGCUCGUCCGCAGAGCGGCGUCUCCGGCCGCUUCAGCUGUCAUUCUUCCCGCUGCUGGAACACUUGCCCGCCCCGCCGGCUACUUCCCUCCCUCUGCUUUGCUACCCAAAGCGGCAGCGCGGGGCAGGAGGUGGGGGUGGGUGGUGGGGUAGGGGUAGAAGCACGCAAUCAACACGGACACCGAGGGAGGGCAUCCCUGGCUCUUCGUUGCGGGGGUGUCCCAAGCUCGGACGAGAACCACGUGGGGUGCCCUGAGCUUCGGGGAGAGAACCUGAGGGGGGACCCCGCUGUGCUCCGGGAAGAUUCGGGAGCUCUCCGACUUGGAGGAUGCCCUCGAGUCAGGAUGGUCAUCCCAGCAGCUUUCUGCCGAAGCCCUGCAGGGUGCUGGUGCUGCUAAACCCCCGGGGAGGAACCGGCAGGGCCCUGCACCUCUUUCGGAACCGAGUGCAGCCCAUGCUGGAAGAAGCAGGUGUCUCCUUCACCUUGCGUCUGACGGAGCGGCGGAACCACGCGAGGGAACUGGUGCAGGAUGAGAACCUUUCCUCCUGGGACGCCCUGGUGGUGAUGUCCGGAGACGGGCUGAUGCACGAGGUGGUGAAUGGCCUGAUGGAACGACCUGACUGGGAAACAGCAAUUCAGAAGCCUCUCUGUAGCCUUCCAGCGGGCUCCGGCAAUGCUUUGGCCGCAUCGGUGAACCAUUAUGCAGGCAACGAACAGGUGACCAACGAGGACCUGUUGACCAACUGUACGCAGCUGCUGUGCCGGCGAGGGCUCUCUCCCAUGAACCUGCUUUCCCUCCACACAGCCUCGGGCAGACGCCUCUUCUCGGUGCUCAGCCUGGGCUGGGGCUUUGUUGCUGACGUGGACGUGGAGAGUGAAAAGUACAGGUGCCUGGGUAAAAUUCGCUUUACGCUGGGCACCUUCCUGCGCCUGGCUGCCCUGCGCACCUAUCACGGCACGUUGGCCUAUCUCCCGGUGGGAGCGCCUUCUUCGGAGAUGUCUGCCGGACCUCCCCCGGGCCAGGACCAACCAGGCCCUGUGGAUUCCCUCCUGGUGCCUCUGGGGCAGCCAGUGCCGCAGAACUGGACCGUGGUGCCUCACCACGAAUUCGUGUUGGUGCUGGUUCUCCUGCACUCCCACCUGGGAAGCGAGAUGUACGCUGCUCCCAUGGCUCGGGGCGCCGCUGGGGUUAUGCAUCUGUUCUACCUGCGGGCUGGGGUGCCCCGAGCUACGUUGCUUCGUCUUUUCCUGGCCAUGGAAAAGGGGAAGCACUUGGACCUGGACUGCCCUAAUUUGGUGUACGUGCCUGUGGUGGCCUUCCGCCUAGAACCUCAGGAUCCCAGGGGAGUGCUUACAGUGGAUGGGGAGCAGCUGGCCAGUGAGGCUGUCCAAGGCCAGGUCCACCCUGGAGGCUUCCAGUUGGUCAGUGGCUGCUCAGAACUAAAGCCUGGUCUGGAGCCAAAACCCUUACCCUGUUCGGAAGAUUCUGCUUCAUCGGAGGGGCCCUAAAUAGGGCUUGUGGACUCUGUUGGACUUGCAAUAAUGCGAGGCCUUAUUCUGCUUUGCAAACGGGAGUGCCUAGAGGGAAUUCCUCCCCUGGAGAGGUGGUGUUCCUAGACUCCAAAAUUAGGCAAGUCGGCUCUAUUAGAUGUCCAAGAUUUGACCACUCCAGGCCCAGAAUUUAUUGAACCCUGCCCCCUAGGUGUAGCAUACUAAACUGAGCGAUCUAAAUAAAAUGACUUUUCCAGGUUA